CGCCAUGCUGGACCUCGUCAUAUUCUUGAGGGCUUCCUUCUUGCUGGCUGCUGUAGCCGUGAGCCAGAGAAACAACCCAUCCGUUUCCUAGCAUACGGCUCUCGUCAGAAUGGUCAACAACCAAGGAAACUCACCAAAAACCCGCUAGAUGCACUUGCCACUUUCCAAGUACCUCAUAGUUGGUUUGCAUCUUUCUAUGUUGUGUCCACAUUGUGUUCGUUCAUGUGGCUUUCUCAGAUCCUUCUUGAUCAAUCGCUUUGGCGCAAGUUGGCAUCUUUGACCAACAUGAACAAGUCCAUGACCUUAGAUCAAAUCAUCGUCACAUGGAUACUGAUGCUCCUGCAAGGUGUUCGUCGUCUGUACGAGUGUUUGGAAUUUACUAAGCCAUCCAAUGCUCGUAUGUGGAUCGGCCACUGGGCUUUGGGAGUAUGGUUUUAUGCUAGCAUGAGCGUAGCCGUCUGGAUCGAAGGAGCUCCAACUCUCCUCAAGGAGUCUUUCAAUUUCUCACACCUGACCAUUGAGCCUCCGUCGCUCCGUACCUUUGUUGGUUGCUUGAUUUUCAUCCUUGCUUCGGGCGUGCAGCACGACUGCCAUGCAUAUCUGGCGUCCCUGAAGAAGUACAGCGUGCCAGAGCAUCCGGUAUUCCAUCGUUUGGUCUGCCCUCACUACUUUGUCGAGUGCUUGAUCUAUCUUGCGAUUUCUAUCGUUGCAGCACCAGCUGGUGCCACGCUGAACUGGACAAUCGUUUGUGCUCUUGUGUUCGUGGCGGUGAACCUGGGGGUGACGGCGGAUGGAACCAGAGAAUGGUAUGUGCAGAAGUUUGGACCGGAUAGCAUGAGCAGGAAGUGGAGGAUGAUUCCCUUCGUCUUUUAG